AUGUUACUCCAACAAUUGCUCCGGCCACCGCCGGCUCUUGUCUCUAUCUUUCUCCUCAAACCAAAAACGCUUCACAUCCCACCAUUGCAAACGACGUCGCUUUUCACCUCUUCUUUGCCUCUUUCAUCCCGACGUUUGCCGGCCGCCCUGUUCAGUUCGGAAGCUCUGUUGGAACUCCCGAAACAGCCAAUCGAGGGAGAAGACGGCCAAUCGGAAGCUGAACGGAAGGAAAUUGUUUCUGCAACCAGAGCUCGUGUUCUGGGAACCAACAACGUUGAAGAAUCGAAUCGUAAUGUACCGAAUCUGAGCUUGAAAGAAAAGAAAGAGUUGGCUUCUUACGCCCACAGCCUAGGUAAAAAGCUAAAGUCUCAACAAGUAGGCAAGUCUGGGGUCACCGAUACUGUUAUAAUGGCGGUCGGCGAAACCCUCGAAGCCAAUGAGCUUGUCAAGCUCAAAAUACACAAUAACUGUCCUGAAGAAAUGGAUGAUGUUGUGAAGCAAUUGGAGGAGGGUACUGGGUCAGUGGUUGUUGCCCGGAUUGGUGGGACAGUGAUUCUUUACAGGCCGAGUGUUACCAAGAUGAAGCAGGAAGAGAAGAAGAAACAGGCCUUAUUGCUACUUAGGAAAAAAAAAGCAACUUUUAAACCUUUUCAGAGUAGGAGUGCCCCUAAAAGACAAUCACAGGAUCAACCAACAAGACAACCCAGUCGUGGACGCCGGGGAAGCAGUAGAUAUUCGGAGUAG